AUGACUGGAGCUCUUUAUAUUACUGCCAUAUUAUUGUCUAUUGUCUCUUUAGUUAAAUCGCAAGAAUCUUCCAACAACACUGCAUCGAACUCGAGUAUCUAUCGAGGAUCGGACGACUACAAGUAUCAUGGCUGCUACAACGAGACGACACAGAUUCAAGACUCUGCCGAUGACCGCGCUCUUGCCGAUGGCACUCAUCUCGUCAAAGCCGGAAAGAUGACAGUCCCUAUGUGUCUCGACUUCUGCACUUCAAACGGGACACAAUAUAAAUAUGCUGGCCUGGAGUGGUCACGGGAGUGCUGGUGUUCUCCAUACCUGUCAAGCCUUUCAGCAAAGCUCAGCGAUGAUGAUUGUGAGAACCCGUGCGAGGGUAACUCGUCUCAGAUUUGCGGAGGACCACUCAGGUUGAGCGUCUAUCAACUUUCCGAGGGGCAUGCAUCAAAUAGAGGGGCAGUGCUGUCGGUACCAGGAGCCAUACUCAGUCUCUCAAUCAUGUCACUAUCACUGUUGUCACUGUAA